CAGCCAGUGAGCUGUGGGCGAGUCUUGGGGCUCUCUUCCUUCCUUCCUUCUUCCCAGUCUCUGUGGGCGGGAAGAGUUUGCGAAGGGCCGGAAACAACUUGGGCAGAAACUUGACGAAGAGGAGGCGGAGGAGAGGAGCCGUUGUCUGUCUUGCCGAGGGCCCCCAGCCAAAGGCGACCCAGGCUCCAUAUAUCGCGCGAGGCAGCAAGGAGCCAUGUCCUCCAACGUGGCAGCCAUGAAGAAAGUGGUGCAGCAGCUGCGCCUCGAGGCCAGCGUCAGCCGCGUGAAGGUUUCACAAGCUGCAGCUGAUUUAAAGCAGUUUUGUCUACAGAAUGCGCAUCACGAUCCUUUAUUAACAGGAGUAUCGUCAAGUACAAAUCCAUUUAGACCACAGAAAGUCUGUUCGUUUCUCUGACUUGGUGAAAUACAUGGGAUCUUUUCUUGAUUUUCUAACUUUCCCUAACUGUUGAUACAUACGACGGAUGUGAAAGCAAAGCGGCUUGGAACCUGUACAGAAACUUUGCAUUAUUGUGCCAACUUAGACCUAGUAUAAUACUGCUACUGUUGUCAGAUUUCUUACAAUCUACCUCUCUAAACAAACUGUAUGCUAACUGCAAUAAUUUCUGUAUCAUGAGGGAAUCAAUUUUAUAUUCAAGCAAUAAAGAGUUGCCUUAAUUAC